AUGACUGAACUAAAAAUACAGAGGUAUGCUGGAACAAAGAAGACUGUUUUCCAGGUUUCCGAGUUCGUUAGAUCCAUGUUAGAAGCCUUUGCAGCCUCCAGAAUAUUUCCCGUGAGGCCAACGCCAACUAUCCCAGCCAAUGUCCCAGCUGUAUUGGAAACUCCCAUCACUAUGCCGGCGAACUUUGGAGCAACAUCCAUGUGGUUCACGGCAAACCCUGCUCUUCCUAGAGCCAGAAAACCAAGGGAUACCGAUGAACAUAUCACAGUCCCUGAGGGCGUCCCGAAUGAAGGGAGGGCCAUGAGUGCAACAGCCGAGACAACAAACCCAAUGGUGUUUAGGAGCUUCCUUGUCUUGGUAACUGAUAAGAUCCGUUUUGUAAUCAAGUGA